CGCCCGGCUAGGGAUUUGUCCGUGCUUACCGCGAGUUCGAGCUGGUUUGCUACAUUUUCUGUCUUAAACGGAAUCCGCAGUGUUGUGUUUGUUGUGAUAUAGUGGGCCGGGUGCAAUUAAAAGUUGUUUUUUGUAAUAUUUCUCCCAAGUGCUUUUAUCAAAGACUGUGAACAAAAUGUCGCGAACCCCAUCAGAUAACCAAUUGGAAAACUACAAGAAAACCACGAAGAGUGGCCCAAAUAUAAUAACUACUGGUGCUGGUGCACCAAUUGGCAUUAAAGAUGCCAUCCAAACGGUCGGUCCCAGGGGUCCAGCCCUUUUACAAGAUGUCAACUUUUUGGACGAAAUGGCUCAUUUUGAUCGGGAGCGAAUUCCGGAACGUGUUGUUCAUGCCAAAGGAGCUGGAGCUUUCGGUUAUUUCGAAGUAACCCAUGAUAUCACGAAAUACUGUGCAGCUAAAGUUUUUGAAUCAGUUGGAAAGCGUACACCAAUUGCUGUACGUUGCUCAACUGUCGGUGGUGAAAGUGGAUCGGCCGAUACUGCUCGUGAUCCUCGUGGUUUUGCUGUGAAAUUCUAUACAGAUGAUGGAAUUUGGGAUUUGGUCGGUAACAACACCCCAAUUUUCUUCAUUCGUGAUCCUAUCCUAUUUCCAAGUUUUAUUCACACUCAAAAACGUAAUCCAAUGACUCAUUUGAAAGAUCCCAAUAUGUUCUGGGAUUUCCUUUCAUUGCGUCCGGAAAGCACGCAUCAGGUAAUGUUCCUGUUUUCUGAUCGUGGUAUUCCUGAUGGCUAUCGUCAUAUGAAUGGUUAUGGUUCGCACACAUUCAAAUUGGUCAACGCACAAGGAGAGCAAGUCUAUUGUAAAUUCCACUACAAGACUAAUCAAGGCAUUAAGAACCUUGACGUCGAAAAAGCUGGAGAACUUGCGGGAACUGAUCCGGACUACAGCAUUCGAGAUUUAUAUAAUGCUAUUGCCAGCGGUAACUUCCCAAGCUGGAACUUUUACAUUCAAGUCAUGACUUUCGAGCAGGCUGAGAGAUGUAAAUUCAAUCCAUUCGACGUAACCAAAGUUUGGUCGCACAAGGACUACCCGUUGAUCCCGGUUGGAAAAAUGGUCCUCGAUCGGAACCCAAGCAAUUACUUCGCUGAAGUCGAACAAAUCGCUUUCAGCCCAUCUCAUUUGGUACCCGGAAUACUUCCUUCUCCGGAUAAGAUGUUGCAAGGACGUCUUUUCUCUUACUCUGAUACACAUCGCCAUCGUCUUGGUGCCAACUACCUACAAUUGCCGGUCAAUUGUCCUUAUCGUGUUUCUGUUAAAAAUUAUCAACGCGAUGGUCCCCAGACCUUCACGGACAAUCAAGGUGGAGCACCAAAUUACUAUCCAAAUUCGUUUGACGGUCCUGAAGUCGAGCAACGUGUUAAGAAAUUGAAUCCAAAACUACAUGUUGGUGGUGACGUGUACAGAUACAGCAGCGGUGAUACGGAAGAUAACUUCACACAACCUGCAGACUUCUGGAACAACGUUCUUAAUGCCGAGCAAAAAGAUCGCUUGGUACGUAAUAUUGCCGGACAUCUUAAGGAUGCCAGCACAUUCAUUCAAGAGCGUGCCGUCAAGAACUUCUCGCAAGUCAGCGCUGAUCUUGGCAAUCGUCUCGCGCAACAACUUAAGAUCUACAAAUCAUCGAAAAUGUAAGGAAUUCAAAGGAUGUUGCCCAGGUCGAGACCAAUUAUCAUUUGAAGUGGUGAAUAAGUUUUCGCAGGAUACAUUGAUGUUUUGUCUUAUUUUAAAAUACAUGUAUUUUGUUUGGGGAUUGUAAUCAAUCAUUUACAAUUUUUGAAGAAAUUUUUAAUAUUGGAAAUAAAUGUAAACGUAAUAUAAUAUAAGCGUUUCUGUUUCAAUAAAA